UGGAUGUCAAAUUUUUUCUGGCUUUAUAUCCUCAAUAAUUCAACAUCUUGCGGAGCACUGUGGGAAUGUGGAAUUCGCAGCCGUGGUAGCUGCACUGCCACUUCUCCCCUCACCAGCAAAGAAGAGAAAAGAUGAACUCCUCCCCUACUCGAUUUCACCUCUUCAAGCGCCGCAAGGAACCCUAAUAUUCAUAUCUCUCUCACUCUGUACAUGCAAGCAUUUUUGUAUCCAAUUCAUCUCAGCAAUUUUCACUUCUCAUGGAUGUAUCAGCUGAAUCCUUCCUCAAUCGCUCCACAUUCUUCACUUCUCCCAAACCCCUCCUCUCUUACCACCAUUGUAAACUCCUCGCAACAACUUACCCGAAAAACCACCAUUUCCCUCGCCAAAUCCAAUCCAAUCCCGUCCGUCCAUUCGCUCGCACCGACUCCACUGGUUUAAGAUUCAAGCAAAAUGCAAUCUUCAACGUCAGAGCCUGUUCCGAAUCCCUUGCGGCGGCUGACGGUGGAAGCGACGGUGUUACGGACUCGGUCAAUUUAGGGUUUGUAGAGGUACUGAUGAAGCGCGGGGUUGUGCUGGCUGCUAUUGUGUGUGGAGUGGUUGUGGCUGGUUGCCGUAGGGCUUUCGCGGCGGAGAGCGCGGUAGUAGUGAAUAGUUCUUGGCCUAAAGUGUGGCAGGUUCUCACGGUUUUCAAAGAGCAAGGUUUGAUCUUGGCCGCGCUUUUGAGUCUGUCUGCGUUUUUCUCAAUGGCUGAGACUUCAAUUACCACGCUUUGGCCUUGGAAGGUUCGUGAGCUGGCUGAAAAAGAGCCUGAGAAUGGUGUCUUCAAAAUGCUUCGCAGUGAUGUCACGCGGUUUCUUACAACUAUACUUAUUGGCACUACUGUGGUAAACAUUGGAGCAACUGCACUUGUCACUGAGGCGGCAACAGCAAUAUUUGGCGAGGCUGGUGUGACUGCAGCAACUGGGGUGAUGACUGUUGCUAUUUUGCUUCUUACGGAAAUUACUCCAAAAAGCAUAGCUGUUCACAAUGCUACUGAGGUUGCUAGGUUUGUGGUCAGGCCUGUGGCAUGGCUUUCGGUGGUAUUAUAUCCUGUGGGAAGAGUUGUUACCUUUCUAUCAAUGGGAAUGCUAAAAAUGCUCGGUCUGAAAGGAAGAAGUGAGCCCUAUGUUACUGAAGAUGAAUUGAAGCUGAUGUUGCGAGGAGCAGAAUUAAGUGGGGCAAUAGAGGAGGAAGAACAGGAUAUGAUUGAAAAUGUGUUAGAGAUAAAAGAUACACAUGUCCGAGAAGUAAUGACACCUCUCGUUGAUGUUGUUGCAAUUGAUGCCAGUGCAACACUGGUCGAUUUUCAUAACUUGUGGGUGACUCAUCAGUACUCGAGGGUGCCUGUUUUUGAGCAACGUGUUGAUAAUAUUGUCGGUAUUGCAUAUGCCAUGGAUCUUCUCGAUUACGUUACAAAGGGGGAGCUACUAGAAAGUUCUUCUGUGGGAAAUAUGGCACACAAACCUGCAUAUUUUGUCCCUGAUUCAAUGUCAGUCUGGAAUCUUCUUAGAGAGUUUCGCAUCAGGAAGGUCCACAUGGCUGUUGUUCUUAACGAGUAUGGUGGUACUGUUGGAAUAGUAACUCUGGAAGACGUGGUUGAGGAAAUUGUUGGUGAAAUCUUUGAUGAAAAUGAUUCAAAAGAAGAAAUCCAGAAAAAAACUGGCUAUAUUGUAAUGAGAGCGGAGGGAAUAUAUGAUGUGGAUGCAAAUACCUCAAUUGACCAGCUUUCUGAAGAUCUCUGCAUCGAAAUGCCGGAGGGUCAUCAAUAUGAGACAGUAUCAGGUUUUAUUUGUGAGGCAUUUGGAUAUAUCCCAAGGACUGGUGAGACCAUAAAACUAGUACUUGAAAAAGCUAGCCGAGAAGAGCAUGAAGAAUAUACUGAAGCAGAUUCCGACCGAAAAAAUGAAAAAGAAACACAUCAAAUUUUUAAGCUUGAGAUAUUAGAAGGAAAUGCUAGAAAGGUGGGUGCAGUUCGGUUUGAACGGAUAAACGAUGAUGCAACAUUGAAGUCGAAAGAGGUAACGCGUUUGGUUCCAAAAAUCAUGAAACGGAAAUGGAGCAGCGGUGCAGAUUCAGACAAGACUGACUACAGUGAGGUUCCACACCAAGAGAGAGCAGAGGAGGAUGUUCAUUAUGAUGGCUAUAUAUCUAGUGAGCCUGAAUAUGAUCAUGAAGACCACAAUGACCAAUAAUUACAUUAUUAACAUCAAUCCCGUUCUUACAGCACCAAAAUGGAGGCAAAAGAGCAAAAGCAUCAUAACCUGUAAAUCGGCAUGUAAAAUUUUCACAAAUGAGAAGUACCAACAUCCCCUCAAAGUUAGUUGCUCUGUGGGAUUCGGCAUGCUGUUCCAGUUAUCUGCACGCAGUGUAGGCUUGUAGCAUGUGACAUCUGCGGAUUUGGUUCGGAGUCUUUUUGUAGUGGUUCUGCAGAUGAAUAUUGAUCUAUCUAUGUAUAGGACGAUGGUGUCCAUCUGAAGCUAUUCAUGCAUUGUUUUGAGCUCUGUAA